ACGGAUUCCACAUUCCCCAGCCGCUAUUUAUAUAAACACUCUCCCCCGCCAUUCCACCGUCCUUGGCUCCUUGCUCAUCAUCCCUCUCACACUCUCUCGAGCUCAGCUCACUAAGAAACAGAGCAUUUGGCUUCUUCGAGGAAAGCAGAGCAGUUCGGCCUUCUUGAUCGAUCGAAAUCGAUGGACACGUGGGCGAUGGCGUCCCCGUCGUCAGCCGGGCCGAGCCCGCCGGCGCCAGAGCCGGAGCCGGAGCGUGGGCAAUGGGGCGGGUGCGGGUCGGUGGCGUGCAGGGUGGCGUGCGCGGUGGCGACGUGCGUGCUGGCGGCGGUGGGGUCGGCGGCGGGGGCGGUGGCAGGCGCGGCGAUCGGGCUGGCGACGGAGAGCGGCGUGGUGCGCGGCGCCGGCGUCGGGGCCAUCUCCGGCGCCGUCUUCUCCAUCGAGGUCGCCGAGUCGUCGCGGCAGCUCUGGCGCGCCACCGGUUCCCCCGCCUGGACCGUCCUCUACGUGGUGGACAUCAUCUUCAGCCUGCUGAGCGGGAGGCUGGUCCGGGAGAAGGUGGGCCCGGCGGUGCAGAAUGCCGUGCAGAGUCAGAUAAGCGCCAUCAACGCGCCGUUCGCGGAGCAGAGCGACCUGUUCGAGACGGGCAGCGGGGCGAGAGGGGGCCUGCCGGCGAGCGCGCUCCGGCGGCUCCCGGAGAUCAGGAUCGACGAGGACACCGCCGUGGACGCGGGCGGCGAGGCACUGUGCUGCUCGGUGUGCCUGCAGGACCUGCAGGUGGGGGAGCCCGCGCGGCGGCUGCCCGUCUGCCGCCACGUCUUCCACGCGCCCUGCAUCGACCGCUGGCUCGCCCGCCACGCCUCCUGCCCGCUCUGCCGCCGGGACAUCUGAGCCGUCGGUACGUUGGUUGGUCGAUCUCAUUCCGUCAUGCGUGUAAUUGACGAUGGCCGUGCGAUGGCGGCGGCGGGUGGCACCUGGUGCCCGCAAGGGAACCGGUGAGAAUGGGGAUUUGUGGAUAGGGAAUUAAGAAUUGUAGUGCUCCUACGUUCAGAUUUUCUUGACUCUGCGUCAAUCGAUGCACACAAUCAUUUUUAUUGCAAAGUUAUAAAAAGUAGGUGUUACAAGUCA